AUGCGACGAAUCAGCUGGAAAGGAAUAUUCAGAUCCCCCUUCAGAUCCAGACCAGUUUAUCUAUUUAUUGUUUUAGAAGGGUUAAUCAAUUUCGAGAAACGACGCAAGGAGUUCGAAGUGUUGGCGAAACUGCGACUGUUCCAAUCAGCCGCACGUGCCUAUCACAUUCCGAUGGAUCGAGUCUUUUGUGCCUGGUUCCACUUCUUACCGUGUUUAUCAGAAAAGGAAUGCUUCAAUCGAUCGUUAGAAGUUGAGCAACCAACAACUGUGUCAACACCUGAUAUGAAUUCCCGACACAACACCAGUUUAUCCAACGGAAAUUCGGGUGUUUUACCAAAAAGCAAUACCUUGGCUCGUCUGUUUAAUUCAUCCCGAUCUGGAGAGGACAGCAUGACGAAUGUGUCCCAGUCACAUUCACAUUCGCAUUCUCAGUCCAGUUUCACUGACCCUGCGCUCGAUGCUGGUGUCGGAUCACCAGUUGGUAUUAGAGCCUCACAUGAAGGAUGCACCAACUAUGAGGAAUGGAUCGAUGGCCGAGUAGAUGGUGGACCUCCUGGC